ACCACCGUUCAGUCGGUCACCGAGACGCUCCCGACGUGCAUCCAGUGCGUGGAGGUUGGUUAGUGCGAGAUCGAGUGAGUGAGUGAAUGUGAGGGAAAGCGGGAGAGGCAUGUCCCAGGACGAGGACAAUCACUGGCCCAGAGCGCCGGCAGUGUAGCACCGCGCACCCUUCUUGUGAAGGGAGACCGGCGACGCAGACCUCCACCUCGAUCGUGUGUAAGGCCUGACUUUACAACGCCUACGGAGUGUGGAGAAAGGGUAAAAGGCAGUCGUGGCUCCGAGUUGAUCGACGACAUCGCAGCCCUCAAACGGCUUCCGCCACGAGAACGACGGCCAGGGUCAAGGACACCGUCAACAGACAGCCAUGAGCGGCAUCGUCGGCCUGCCGGCCGCCCUCACCGGGUUGGCCGGGGUGGGCAACCUCGUGUCGAACGCCGCGUACUUCGUGCCUAUGUUGGUGGCCGCCAUCGCCUACUUCAACUACGACGUCAUGGACCCCGAGUCAAGGCCCAUCAACGUGCCCACUGAGGAGCUAUGGCCAACGUACGACUUUAUCAUAGUGGGGGCCGGGUCAGCAGGCGCGGUCCUGGCCAACCGGCUGACCGAGGUGGACAACUGGCGCGUGCUGCUGCUAGAGGCCGGGCCGGACGAGACGGACAUCUCGGACGUGCCGCUGCUCGCGGGAUACCUGCAGCUCAGUAAGCUGGACUGGAAGUACAAGACGGAGCCCCAGGGUACCGCGUGCCUCGGUAUGAAAAACGGACGCUGCAACUGGCCGCGUGGCAAGGUGAUCGGUGGCUCCUCCGUGCUCAACUACAUGCUGUACGUCCGUGGAAACAAGAAGGACUACGACCAGUGGGAGGCCAUGGGCAACCCGGGCUGGGGUUCGGAGGAGACGCUCUACUACUUUAAGAAGAGCGAGGACAACCGCAACCCGUACCUGGCGCGUACGCCCUACCACUCGCAGGGCGGCUACCUGACGGUGCAGGAGGCGCCCUGGCACACCCCGCUGGCCGCCGCCUUCGUGCAGGCCGGCGUCGAGCUGGGCUACGAGAACAGGGACUGCAACGGCGAGCACCAGACCGGCUUCAUGAUCGCACAGGGCACCACACGGCGCGGCGCCCGGUGCAGCACGGGCAAGGCGUUCCUGCGGCCGGCCCGCCUGCGCAAGGGCCUGCACGUGGCCAUGAACGCGCACGUCACCCGCGUCCUCAUCGACCCCAAGACCAAGGUGGCGUACGGGGUCGAGUUCCGCCGGGACGGCACGAUGCACCGCGUGCGCGCGAGCAGGGAGGUGAUCCUCUCGGGCGGCGCCAUCAACAGCCCCCAGCUGCUCAUGCUGUCCGGGGUGGGGCCCCGCGACCACCUGCGCUCGCUCGGCAUCCCCGUCAUCCAGGACCUCAAGGUCGGCCACAACCUCCAGGACCACAUCGGCCUCGGCGGCUUCACCUUCAUGGUGAACAAGGAGGUCUCCAUGGUGCAGAACCGCAUCGAGAACGUGCCCGCCGUGCUGCGGUACGCCAUGUUCGGCGACGGGCCGCUCACCGUGCUCGGAGGUGUCGAAGGCCUUGCGUUCGUCAACACGAAGUACGCCAACGCGACAGACGACUGGCCCGACAUCGAGUUCCACUUUGUGUCCGGGUCCACCAACUCGGACGGCGGGCGGCAGCUGCGUAAGGCGCACGGGCUGACCGACACCUUCUACAACACCGUGUUCGACCCGAUCAGCAACAAGGACGUCUGGUCCGUGAUCCCGGUGCUGCUGCGCCCCCGCUCCAAGGGAGUCAUCCAGCUGCGCUCCAGCAACCCACUCGACUACCCCCUCAUCUACCCCAACUACUUCUUCGACCCGCAGGACAUGAAGGUCCUCAUCGAAGGCGUCAAGAUUGGCGUGGCCAUCAGCAGAACCAAGUCCUUCCAAAGGUGAGGAGCAGCGCAUACCUGCAACAAGAAGAAAGAUACAGUUAAA